AUGGCUUCGUCAGCUGGACCCCUGUGCGACGAGCCAGUUUGGGGAGUGGCCUUUGUCAUUGACGACGUCGAGUUUCACAAGGCGACUGAUGACGAGCACACGUCUGAGGAGGAGAAGGCUGAUGGCAAGCAAAUACGGACCGCUUAG